AUGUCAGGAUUCGAGUGGAAGCAGCGCAAUUGGACGACCCAGUACAACAAGCGACUGGUGGAGGACUUCAGCCUCAGCGCCUACGCCACCCUCUCCACAGCCGCGCAGAUCUCGCAGCUUUCCUCCCAGUUUAAGUCCGACCAGUUCUGCCGGUACAAUCGCCUGAUCGACAUGUUCAGCGCGGUGACCUGUUCCUGUCUCGAAUCGACGUGGGACGGCAGCUGCGGCCAAAACGUCGGCGUCACCGUCGGAGUCUCCCGCACGUGCUCUCACACAGACUUUCACCUUCCGCUGCCCGGUGUGGGCCGGGUGUCGUGGACCAGGGAGCUGGCGUUCGAUCCCACUUGCGUCGACGUGAAUGUGUACUCGGUCGCCGUGUCGCAGUUCCAGAAGGAGGGCGACACCACGUUUGUCUCCAACAUCUUCGUGAAGGCCAUCGAGAGCGAGCCAGAGGGCUACUCCAUCGUCGAGAACUCGCACGGAGUGAUCGUAGGCCAGCUGAUCGGCGAUGGCCUGCGCAUUGAGCUCACCAACGGCGGACAGAAAGCGCACAUCAUCACCUCCGCAACCGACGCCGAUUUCACGGUCUGCAUGUACGUGCGCUCCGACAUUGCGCUCGACAGCAGCUUCGAUGAAUACGACCUCGCCUUCAGCAACGAAGACUAUUCGGAGUGGACGCCGAUGAACGCCCGGAACGUGAGGAUCACCGACGAAGGCCUCAUCUGCGGCACGUUGCCGCUUCCCUACCCGCCAGACCUCAACACCAUCUUCCCCGUCUGGCGAGAGAGUGGUGAUUGGGCAGGCGAAACGUUCAUCGAGAGUCUGAGCACGAGCACCGUGGCCUUGUUCUACCUGGCCGUCGCCCUCUACGCGCUGCUCCUCAUCCCCAACACCCUGGCCAUCAUCAAUCAGUUCUGGCUCUUCAGAUACGAGCUGUCAGACUCGGGAGACAAGAGCUUCGGGUCGGUCGCGUGGACUCUGCUGUCGAUGGGCCGCAUCAUCCACUGCUGCAUCGAAGCCAUCCUCAUCUUGAGGGUGAUCUACUUUGCGAUGCUGCCCACCGGUGUGCUGAACAAUGUGAACGUGGUGGUCUACGUCAUCCUGGGCGAAGUGCCGGUCUACCUGUUCCUCUCCAUCUACACCUUGCUCCUCUUCUUCUGGGUGGAACUGGUGCACUGGGCGCUGAAGAAGAAGGGCGGCCAAUCGGUGCUCAAACGAAUGAAGGUGAUGUUCCUCGGCGUGAACGGAUUUCUCUACGCCUUCCUGCUCGUCCUCGUCAUCAUUUUCAUCGCGCUCGAGGCCAGCAUCUCGUCGACCGACACGUCGUGCUCGUCGCCCUAUUUCUUGGACCAGUCCGACCCCAACAGCGAGAUGAAGGACGCACGCACCGGCCUCGCCAUCUUCUACCAAUCGGUCAUCAUCGCCGUAGCCCUCGUCCUCGCCAUCGCCUUUGCCGUGUACGGCGUGUGGGUGUUGCUGACGCUGUAUAGAGUGAAGAGCAUGAGCAAGCGUCUGGCCAAGAUGAAGCGGAACAAGAUGAUCAAGUUCUCGGUGGUGCUGGCAGUGUGCACGCUGUCGCUUCUGUGCAUGUGCGGCUUCCUGCUCUACGGCACCGUCGACCAGAGCAUGAGCGCUGUGGGCGCCAUCAUCUUCGUCAUCGUCGUCGAGCUUCUCCCGCUCACGCUCCUCAUCUUCACCGUCUACUCGAAGCGCAAGAGCGUCUUCCGCCUGUGGUACUCCUACGCCAAGAGCCGCGGGCUGACGUCGGCUUUCUCCUCCUCUGCCGACAGCCGCGCCGAGAUGCUCGACCAACCGUCAUCGUCGUCGAUGGCGGUCGACACCACCGGUGGUGGCGCCACGGGCGACGACUCCAUCUCCUCGUCGUGA